AUGCAGGCUGGUGCCAAGGCACCUAGCAGUUCCAAAGGUGCACCAUCUGCUCCAACUCCCAAGUCUAAAACUGCGGAUGCAGUGGAUACUACGGCUAAAACGAAAACCAGUGAAAAGAAAGACACGAAUUCCAAGGAAAGCAAGGAGAAUAAGGAAAGCAAGGAGAGCAAGGAAUCAUCCAAAGAAGGUGAAAAGAAGAAUAACGACAAGCCGAAGGAAAAAUUGCAAAAACCUGGCGAGACCAAAGAGGAAAGUAGUUUGCACUCGCCAGUCGAGUCGAAGAAACCUACUAUAGCUGCUGGCUCUAACGGCGGAUCUUCUGCUAUUCUGCCUGAUCCUGUUGGGGCAUCACCUGGUGAUCAAGCGGUAUGUUGGACGUUUACCAUAAGGCGUACUGUGAAUAUCCAUGGGUAG